CGUCUGCUGUCAGCUGUCAGUGCUGUCUAUCUGCUAGUGCUGGUUCGCUGACUGAUCCUGAUUCUCUUUCACUCACUAGAAAUUAAGAAAAUAAGUGAUUCGUUAUCAAAAGCAUUAGGUCCUAUUAAUUAUUUUAACUUAACGUAGUCAAUUCACAGUCAUGGCGACAGAAACCAGCAGACAAGAGGCAUUACAGUAAAAAAAAAAAAACGAUAAAAUUAAAACGAUCGUAUUUUAUUCAGUUUUUGUGACAGCAGAAAAAUCUUUGCAUCAUUGUUUUCAGAUGGCUCCUACUGUCACUCCAAUCGGCCCAGCUCUUGACCUUGGAGAAGGACCUUAUUGGGAUGAAGAGAAUCAGACUCUUUUCUACGUUGACAUUUUUAAACAUUCCAUCCAUAGCUAUAGGCCCCAGACUGACGAGCACCAUGUUGUUGAAGUUGAUUCGGAGGGCCAACCUGUUUCUCUGAUAGUUAAAGUCAAAGGUGAACAAACUAAGUUUGUUAUUUCUGUGAAGAACUCUUUGGCCAUUGUCCAUUGGGAUGGUUUGUCCACAAAGUCUUUGAAACCUGAAGUGAUUGUGAAUUUGGAAAGCAGUGACAAUCCAACGAGAAUAAAUGAUGGAAAGUGUGAUCCUUCCAAUCGCCUAUGGGCAGGAACAAUGAGCAGUAAGAAAGAAGACCACACAAAGGAAGUAGGAUCAUUCUACUUGCUACAACACGACAAGAAGGUAGUCAAACACUUGUCAAAUGUGUCAAUAUCUAACGGACUAGCCUGGAGUCUGGAUAAGAAGAAGAUGUACUACAUAGACUCAUUAAAGUAUGGAAUCGACAGUUAUGAUUACGAUGAAACCAGUGGGACUAUUUCAAAUGGAAAACAAGUUUUUUGCUUCAAGAAAAAUAACAUCGAUGGUUCCCCUGAUGGAAUGACCAUAGACAGUGAAGGAAUGUUAUGGGUGGCUUGCUUUAUGGGAGCUCGGGUGUUGAGAAUCGACCCAUCCACAGGAGAACUGAAAUUCACCCUUGAGAUUCCUUCGUACCAAGUGACUUCAGUGUGUUUCGGAGGCCCAAAUCUUGAAGAUCUGUAUGUAACAUCAGCCAAACAGGGUUUUACAGAGGAGUUGGAGGAAAAAUAUCCUCUUGCAGGGUAUUCUUUCAAGGUCACAGGUCUUGGUGUCAAAGGAACUCCUAGUGUGCCUAUCAAGCUAUGAUCGUCCAAUGAAUACCUCUUUUGCAUCAUAUUGUCUGUCCACAUUAAUCUAAUUUCAACUUUCAAUUCCGUUCCCCGUAGCAUUAAGUAUUAAUCCUCUAAGUGCUCUUUACCCUAAAAAAAUGACUCUUUACCCAGCCUUCCUGAAAAGUCCAAGGCGAUUUGAACCAAUGUGUCUGGGUAAAAUUCAUUCCAUUACAUUUAAAUCUAUUUCAGUGCAAGAAACCUUGAAUAUUGUACUUGAAUAUUGUGUUUGUGUGUAUUGUGAAUAUUGUUAACCUUGUUAACAAUAUUUAUACCCUCACACACUAAAUAAUUCAAAUGUAACAAUUUACAUUUGACAAUUUACAUUUGACAAUUUACAUUCAACAAUUUACAACUAUAAUAAGUAUGAUAAAAUAAAAUUGAAUCUAAUCUGUAUUCAAGAUAAUAGGCAAAUUGCAAAUCCAACCAUUUCUUUCAAUCUCCGUGUAGCUCUAAAUUGAAAUUAAAAAUUAAUCGAAAAACAGGUGAAUGCUAGUGACAGUGAAAGAGCAAAAUGUACCGGUGAUUGAUAAUUUGAAGCUUUCGGGCUGAACUGACGUUUUAACCAGCCAAUAAAUCCAUGCCAUUGUUGUAAGUUUACUAUAUGAUAAUUGAAGAGUUGCUUGCACUGAAGUCAAUAACAACUUUGUCGCUGUAACAACACCGUAGCACUGAGAGGGUUAAUACAUUUUGAAAGGUUCCUUUGAAUCCUUAGAAUAUUGUAAAAUCACUCUAAAACAUCUCAUGUUCAUCAAAGACGAUUUUAAUAUUUGGAACCAAAGACAGGAUUGUGGUUUGUACUUUUUUUAUGUAAUAGACACGUUUUAGGAACCAGCACUGGUUUAGGCCUACACUGAUUUUCUCUUCACUCACUGACUGACAAAUACUGUGGUUUUAGAAAAACAGGCUUACCGAUUCCUGGGAGUAUACAUUAAAUUUGUUAAAAGUUUUACUUAUAUUAACUAUAUUGUUUUGAUUUUUAAAAACAUUUGAUAUUUUUACUGUCCUAUUACAUAUUGACAGACUAAUAAUUUAAUUUGGGGGAGCGAGAUGGUCUAGUGGUUAGAGCGUGGGACUCAGGUUCCUGGGGUCCCGGGUUCAAAUCCCACCAAAUAACCUUUAUAAUUAAUAACCUAUAUUAUUCUUUAAUAACAUAUUGGAUUUGAUCUAAGUGAUAAUGACGUAACCCCUAGGUCUAGCCUGAAGUAAUGUGAAAACCAGUUCUGGGCUCGUGCCUAGCGUCCUAGGACAAAAAAAAUUUAAUUUGAGAAAAGGAAAACGAAAAGUGGUUAAGAGAAAGCAAUAUAACAGCCGGCUUCACCUUAUUCAUGUGGUCGUCUGCAUCGUUCUUUUCCGGCCUCAUCAUCUAUAGUGGUGAGGUUAUAUUUUCUUUAAAUCACCUUUGGAUCGUUGGUUGCUUGUUUAUUUCAUAUACAGGAUGUCUCGCCAAAAGCUUAAUUAAUUAUUAUGAGAAGGACAGUUAACUAUGGGGCAUACCCCUUUUUAAGAUGUUUUUGGAAUGGUUUUGAAUUUAGGCAAUAUGAAAACCAUUUUACGCCACACUACACUAUUUUGACGAACUUCCCAUGCAAGGAUUUAGUCCAGAAAACAGCUGUUUGCCGCCAGCUUAAUCAAAUGGGGUUUCAUUGCGUACUACUGUACUGUAAUGAGUUUUACCGGACACCAAUCAGCCGUUAUACUGUAUUUGGAUGCCAAUGAGUGAUUAUAACAACAUAACCUCUCUUAGAGGUUAUGACUGGUUAGUCCUUUAGUUGGUGGUAAUAUAUAAGGAUUUGAACAGAUUUAAUAGUAUGGUGUAAACUAUCGUACGUCACUCGUCCAAAAUGUGUUUACCAGACUCGUAUAAGUCAUAAGUCAUAAGUCAUAAGUCAUUUAUUCAACCAGAUUUACAUAGUUUACAUGCAUUGGUUAUGUCAAUUAUAUUAAGUUAAUACAUAAAAUAUAUCAAUUUUUCUCGUAUGGUAAUCCCGGGAACAACCACACUCGUCCGGUAAACACUUAUUUCCAGGACUAGUAACAUAAUAUACUAUUCCAAUGUGGCUGACAACUUCAAUAUUUUUUACAGAACACUCUGUAUUUUAUAAUUGUUAAAAACAGUUGGAUUCUUAAUAUUUUUCUUUUAUCUUUUCUCUAAUGCCACUCAGGAACAAGACUAGAAGAUCGCGCCACUUAUCCUACACUCAUCUCCAUUCAAACUUGGCUUAAAAUACCUACCUUCGUACGGUCGCCAUUUCAAUUAACAGUAAAGUAUUAAGUGUAGGAGUUGCAGCAGGUUAUACUUAAAAAGGUUAUAUAGAAAAAAUGGCUUGCCGUGUACACUCUGCAUCCUGUAGGGUAGCUCCCAAACAAGUUUAGAGAGAAUAUGCAAAGAAUAAAUUAGUCUUAAAAUUGUAUUUACAUUGUUAUCAUACAAAUGUUGAUUCCUUUUCCAACUUUAAAAUUGUAACACUGUGUUUUGUAGAUUGUAGGCAUAAUUUAACAAUUAGAAAAUGUUGCUUUUUUUUUUUAAAGAGGUUGGCGGCCUCUUUUAACCUCGCAUUUGCCCGUCCACAUAGACUAAACGCCCGUGCGUGGAUUGUUAACAGCAAAGCAAGGAGUGAGCCGGUACAGUACAAAGGUGAACUGUACUGAUAAAAUGUUAUCGGCAGUGACCAGGAUCCGAACCCACGACAUCGCUGUCUUGGGCCCGAAGUCCGCGACGCUACCGACUGAGCCACCGACUCACUAAAAUUUAUCGGUGCAUAGAUCUUGCACUCGUGCAGAGGAAGUGUUCACAAGUUUCCCUGCAUUCCCUGGUUAAAUCAGUACAUGUUCUCAAAAUGUGUUUAAUGUUUGAGUGAAUUAUUGUUCGUUGUUAUUUUAAUUAUUUGGUGAUGGCUAUAUUUUAUUUUAUCUUAGAUAUACAAGUUUCUUGCCUAACAAUAUUUUUAGUUUCUCACUGCCAUGAUUCAAUAGUAAUUUUUAAAAUGUUUAAUUUGAUCCAAAUAUUUUGAUUAAAGAAAUAAUCCUAUGAGUGUUAGUAUGAACAGAAAACAAGAGAAAUUUACAAUCAAAAUUGCACUUUUAUAAUUAAUUUACACUAUUACACAGCCUACAUUUGGUUUUAAAUUUGUAGAUGAUGUGUAUGCAGCACCAACGCUGUGAUAACUAUAGCAUGUGCCUUGUAACUAAAAAAAACCUAAGAACCAAAAUAUAUAAAUACAUUUCCUAGUAUUUUACUCAACCCACAAAUACCAAACCUAGGUGCUUAAACAUAUUAAAUUUGAAAUAUCAAUGGGUUGUAUUACUACUAAUUGACUAAUUUACAAAAAGUAGGUACUGUGUAGUUAGUAAUUGUCAUUGUUAGAUCCUACAUACUUGUUUAAUAACCGCUGAAUACUCAAAUGAAAUACUGGAUUAAUACAUUUAGUCUAAAUGAUGGUUUAUUUUAGGCAUAGUAAGUGCAAUUAAUGAAAUAUGCCAAACAUAGUCAAAUAAAUUGACUUUAAUAGGAUUAUUUUUGUCAAAGGAAGGCUUUAUAGGUACCAGUACCUUAAAUAUAAUGUCCUUAAAUAAAAAAUGUUAUAGAUGUAUUUUGUAUUAUUAUUGCUUUACUAUUUCAAAAUGUUACUACUAUUUUAUAAAAAAUACUGUGAUAUGACAGGGCCUUUAAUUAUAAAAUCUAUUGUAGUUUAAUAUAAAAUAUCUACACAAUGUUAUUAUUUUGUUUAUGUUAUGAACCUACACAGUUGUUGAUCAAUAAACAUAAUAAAACCAUACCAAUCUUGGUUUUAAAAACCUGCAUUGCUCAUUGUUGUUUGAAAUUAUUACAGUAAGAUAAACUAGCAGCCAGCUUCACUUUGUGACUUCAAAUCCGUGAUAUAUUUGAAUUAAUUUAAAAUUGUUUAUUGCUCUGAGUUAAGUUGAAAGUU